UGUCUAUCCGGCCAACCUUCAAAAUACUGCCUCAAACUUUCUCCCAUCCACCUUGGUCAAAGGCUUUUAUAUAUGUAUAUGUGAUAUCUAUAUAUAUAUAUUUCCAGUUCUUGGACGCUAUGAGUUCCCCAUCUGAUUAUGCGGUAGUUAUCUGUCAUGGCUCGUAUCACUCACCAGAGCCUUAUAGGCCACUGGUCGAUGCAUUAAAGUCGAAUGGAUUUGACGCUUACUGCCCUCAGCUUCCCACCGCCGAUUUGAGCAAGCUAAACGUUGGCGACGUGAACAACCCAGACUUCGAUCGGGAACCUCCGGCGGGCGGAUAUCCCCAAGGAGAGGAAGAUACCGAAGCGGUCCUCAGCGUUCUCGAACCGCUAAUCCAGGAUAAGGGAAAGAGGGUCCUCAUCAUCGGUCAUUCGGCGGGAGGCUGGGUUGCAACUCAGGCGGCGAGGCCUGAACUGCAACUUGAGACUCGCAAGGCGGAAGGACAGUCGGGCGGAAUCGUGGGCAUUCUGUACAUGGGAGCGUUCAUCAUUCCUGUUGGAGAGUCUGUGACCAGCUUCUUUCAGCCCAAGGACGGGACAUUUGUGACACCGCCAUUUAUGAAAUUCCACAAACACGGCGGUGCUGGGCUCGGUACGAUGGUAGAAGUGGAAAAGUUCCUCUUCAAUGAUGUCGAUCGAGAGGAUGCUAAGAAGUGGUCAUCCGGACUUACGGCAUCACCCGUCUUGACCACGAAGCUCACCAAUGAUGCGUAUGCAGCUUUGCCCUGCGCAUAUCUAGUAUUGGAGGGGGACUUGACCUUGCCCAAGGAGUACCAAGAAGGUAUGGUGGCGCAGCAGAGCCAGAAAACUGGAGAGUUCACAGUCUACCGCAGCCCAGCCGGGCAUUCCCCCCAUAUUAGUUGGACAGAAGGCGUUAUCGGUACCGUUCGGGAUUUCCUAUCAAAAGUAGGACUCUUAGUAACUUGA